CCACUCUGAAUUACCGGUCUCGACCAAGCACAUCACCCAAUGCCACCGAUUUCGCGCUGUAGCCGGGCCCUCGCGCUCCAACGCCCAACUUUCUUCUACCCACUCAGUCUCCGCACCCCCGCAGUCCAGCGAACCUUCUCUCAGACAACAAUUGUGAAGGGCGGUGGUGGUGAUCACGGAAGCCACUACGAUCCUCCGACCGGAUGGCUGUUUGGUGUUAAGCCCGGCGAGAAGUACGAGAAGGAGGGAUGGGAGAACGUUUGGUAUUACGGUUUUUACGGAAGCUGUGCUUUUGGAAUCAUCGCAUAUGCAUUCAAGCCAGAUACGAGCAUACAGACAUGGGCCCUCGAGGAGGCACGCCGAAGGUUGGAAGCUGAGGGUAUCCUGCCCGACCCCAAUGCGAAGAAGGACUAAGAGGAUACGA